AUGGACCUGACGACGGCCGCCUGCAACAAAGCUUCAAUGCACCAUGAUACAUAUGCUCAGCCUCCAAUGUUCAUCCAGAAAGCGCAUUGGAUGUACCAGACCAUGAGAAAGACAGAACUUGAGAGCGAUCAAAACGUGUUCGACUUAGGCAAGCACCAAAGCUUCACUGACGAACAAAAGCGGUUGUGGAAGCCAGCUGGCUGCGUCUCGGCAUCACAGAUUGAAGCGGCUUGUAUAGCCUACAACGACGAUCAACCCCUUCUCCACCCUGUCAAAGACGCGCCUAUAUUCGAGCACCGAGACUUCCCUGGGCUGCGAGUCAUCCCAGGUCUACUGCCACCGGAGACUCAGAUUUUAUUCACGUCAUGCUUGAUGCACCGAGAUCUAGCCAAUCCAGCGCACAAGAUCAAUUUGCAGGCCGACUAUAACAUCUCGUACCCACCGCAAAUCAACUCCAAUGCCAAAUCUCAUCGAUUCAACACUUCUUUCUUUGCUCGCGAUCGUGCUGCGACCGCAGACCUUCUUCUCCCUAGGCUCGCUGAGAACCACAAGCCGUUGAACAACGAGCAGUUUCUCUAUACCAAACUACGCUGGCUCACUUUGGGGGAGCAGUAUGACUGGCCUACUCGCAGUUAUGCCAAACACGCCACGAACUUCCCGGAGGAUCUGUCUAAACUAGUAACUGGGCUGUUUCCUCACAUACAGCCCGAAUCUGGCGUUGUCCUCAUAUACGGCGCAAAAGGCUUUAUGCCGGUUCAUCGAGAUGUUAGCGAGCAAUGUGAACGUGCCCUUGCUAGCUUUAGUGUAGGUUGUGACGGUAUCUUCAUCCUGGCCAGAGGAGAAGAUGGGGGCGAAGGGGAGGCCGCUCCUCGGACAUUGGCUAUUCGAGUUCAUAGUGGCGACUGCGUGCAUCUGGACGGCGAAGCUCGAUGGGCAUGGCAUGCCAUGGCACGCACGAUACCGGGCACCUGCCCCUCACACCUGGCAAGUUGGCCAGUGGGCACUCCGGCUGCAACGCCGGAAGAGGAGAAAGAGUACAAGAAGUGGAAGGGAUACAUGGGGACGAAGCGAAUCAAUGUCAGCUGUCGUCAGGUUUGGGAUUAG